UGGUUAGUUACAGGUUAAGUGCAAGCAGUCACUUGGCUUCAAGGUUAGCUGACGGUUAGGCACUGCUAACAACAUUGUGGCCUCGCCGACUUGCCGUAGCAUGCUGUCUUCUUUUCCUUCUUCGUGAUGGGGUAGUUGUUGCCAUGGCGACCGUACUCACAAGUUGUCGUUGGGGAGAAACGAAUUGAACUUUCGAGCAGCAGGCGCGCUUUUGAGCAUAAAACACCCAGAAACCUAAAACAAAACACACAUUUAUUUGACAAAAAUGGCUUCUUGCUUGGUCCCCGACUUCCCUGCCGUCAUGGUUGCUCUCGAGCAUUUAAAGGAACUGGACAACCAGCUGAAAGAGGAGGGUGUACCGUUCGCUCCUGAAGCCAGCCUUCACCUGGCAGAGAUGACUGCUGCUGUCACUGACCUGGAGUCGGACCGACGAGCUGCCCAUGAGCAUUUAGAAGUGGAAACCAUAGAAAACAGUAAGCUAAGACACCAGAUUAACAAUAUACGUGAACGAAUGAGCCAGGAAAUCAUGGCAGAUGUGGCAGCUGCCCGGGCAGCUAACGCUGAGGAGAUCGAGCAGCUGCACAAAGACCUAAACAGAGUCUGUCAGCUGCAAGAAGCCACUGUGAGGAGGCAAGAAGCCCUCUUGAGCCAAAACGAAGCACUAUACCCUGAGCGAGAUCAAGUGAAGGCUGAGCACCAAGAGGCCAUCACUGCUCUGAAUGAUCAAAUCACCAUCAAACACGGGUUGCAAAUGCAGCUGGAUCAGACACAGGAACAGAUAAAGGAGCUGAAGUCCCACAUCGCUGCUGUUGAACAGGACAGAAUAACAAUGGAGCAAAACAUGGUGCUGGAGAGAGAGGCUUUCACUAUGAAAAAGGACAACCUGUCCAAAGAAGCAGAUCAGACAGAUGAGGAAAUUAAGCAGCAGAAGCAAGUGAUCAGGAGGAGGAGAAGAGAGCUGGAGAGAGUCAACGACAAGAAACAAGAAGCCAGUGACCGUCUGGGAGAGCUCACUACUGAUAUGACCAAGCUAGAAAGCAAUUUCCAAAGACUGACAGCAUCUCGAUGCCAGUUUGAGAAACAGCUGGAAGGGGAGACCCAAAAGCAUCACGAACUGAGGCAACAAAGAGAAACGCUGAAGAAGGAGUUGUGUGAGUUAGGAGAAGUGUUCAGCCUCGCCAUUCAGCGUCUUAAAGAGGAAAUUUCCACAGUGGAGGGUAAAAUAGAGGAAGGUCGAGCAUCAGGGUUGCUCUGUCAGGACCUCCUGACUCAAAUCUAUAAGAUAUUCAAGCGCCGGCAGGAUGAGGAGAACGAAGUAAGGGCAGAGUACUCCCACGUCUCCCAGCAGCUGGAGCGGUCCAAGAUGCAGCUGGAGGAGCGCAUUGCCUCCAUAGUGAAACACAGCAAGGAGAUCAAAGAGAUGGACAAGCAGAUCAAAGAACUGCUGGAAGCCGACACGAUCAACAAGCGUGUGUUUGAGAGGAAUCAGGAGGAGCUGUGCGGUAACAUGGAUGCAGAGAAGAAGAACAUCAGCCAUCUCGAGGAGGAGAAGAGCAGGCUGAAGAGACUCCUGGAGGAGGCGAAGGCGAAGCAGGAGGAACACGUGGCGAAAAUGACCUCUGACAUCAGCAACGCAAGGAGCAGGUUUGAGGAGCUGCGGCAAGAGCAGGCCGCGCUCCAGCAGCGUCAGCCCAAGAGUGUGGACGCUGACUUACUAAUGAGGUACGUGACCCAGUGCAAGGUGGAGUACAGACAAAUAGAAGUCAGUUACCAUCAGGAAAUACAGCAGUGCAAUGCAAAGACUGAGAGCAUCACAAGGUGCAACGAGGAGAAGCAAAAGGAGAUGAAAGAGAAAGAGGAGAUGCUGAAGGAAGUGGAGGCCAAGUGGAACGAGGAGCAAAGCAGGCACCAGAGACUGAAAAGGCUCACGGCUGAGCUGAGGAGCAGGAGGACUGAGCUGGAGCUGUCCAUUCAGGUGUUGAAGGAGAAAACCAGCUCUCUGCUUCAGCCUAAAGAGAGGAUGAAGGCUGAGCUGGAGGAAAUGCGAGCGAGUUACGUGGACAUGCUCGACAAACAGGCCGCAGAGCUGAGAGCUGUGGAAAUGAGCAUCUAUGACAAUAGCGUGAAACUUGAGCAGGUUCAGAUGGAGAACAGCAGGUUACAUCUCUGCAUCAGACAGAUGACAGAGGAUGUUAGCAGAGCCAGGAGGAACAAAGACAGAUACUGGCAGGAGAUUCAGCAGUUCAACCAGGACAUAAAGGCUCUGUUGGAGAGUUUACAGGAAGCAUGGAGAGAGGAUUUAUUGGUAACUGAGCAGUGUCAGAGCAGUGAUGGUGUUCUGUUGGUGUCUAUGAGUGCUCUGUUGAACCAUCUGAAGACUAGGAGACAGCAGUUAGGAAAUGUCAACACACUCCUACACCAACAAAUGUUAGAUUUCAGCAAACGACUGGGAGAUAAAACAACUACAGUAUAGACCAACAUAGCUGAGUUGAUAAAACUGUCUCUAGUUCUGUGUCACAGAGUCACAAGUGUCUUAAUGAGUUCAGUUAUAUUUCUAUUCAUUUAUAAUGAAAAUUCUAAUAAAGCUCAAAGCACAACGUUUGACUUGUCAAGCACAGGUGUCUGUGAUAAUAUGAUUAUUUUAAUCUGCUUUAACCUGCUAGAACCGAGCCAUCAUUAACGGCAUUAGCAACACCUGUGCUGUUCCUCCUGUGACAAAAUGUCUGCUGUGAACAAAGCACUAAUAUAACAUUUUGUUAGAUCUCAGUCAGUUUUGGUUCUGAACAUAGUUUAUUUUAAUAUGGCAAAAACUUUUUGUAGGUUUAUUUUUUUGUCUAAUUUUCCCUAUCAAUAGGCAUUUUUCAUGAAAGACAUUUUUACGUGUCACAGUAGAAAAAUCUCAGGUGUAAAUAAUACCACUAAUGAUGACUGAAUCCCACAGCCAUUAUAAAUGUUUCUCAGAACACCUGGGCUUUUCCUCCUAUGACAAGUAAAGAUGUCUGCUGUGAAAAAGGUCUAUAUGAAUAUUGACUGUUAAUUUCUAAAUCUAUGUUCAGUUUCUUCACAGUCUUGGGGUGGAAUGGAGUUAUUAAGAUGAAUAACAAUUACUACAUACCACCUUAGACUGACUAUCUGACUAUAAUAUGAAAACUUACAGAGAUACAGAUAGUCCACAUAGUCACAUCCUGUGGGGAGACCUAACAGAGAAUAUUUGUUGUGUUGUGGCUCUCUUGUUUGAUUUGCCCAUCUGGAAGCAUUGCUAACCACGUUGAGAGGAGGAGAUUCUUUUCUUGGUACACAGUGUUGGGUUUUCUUUUGUGGCCAAAUAAUUCUAUUUUGGACUCAUUUGUCCAGAGAAUUGACUUCCAGAAGGCCUCUGGUUUGUCUAAGUGCUCAGGCAAAGUUUAAAGAGGCAGCUUUGCUUUUUCUUGAGAGCAGAGGCUUCCCUCUAGCAAUCCUCCCCUGGUUGUCAUGUCUAUUCAGUAUUCGCCUGAUUGUAGACAUAUGUACAUUUAUCCCUGAUGCUGCCAGAGAGUUCUGCCGCUCUCUAGAGGUGAUGUGUGGUUUGGCCUUUACCUGAUUUAUUAUUUUUCUGGUGCUUCUUGGUGAUAGAUUUAAUGGGCAUCCACUUUUAGGCAGAGUUUGAGUCAUUUUGAAUGCCCUCCAUUUGUAAAUUUCCCACAAGUGGAAUAAAUAAA